CUCGCUACAACACGCUGAUUGGCUCACUGAAACCUUAGACUUUGCCUUUUAUCCACGUUACGUUGAUACGGAGUAUUUAGUUAUUGCCCAGCGCCGCUUUCACUCGAUGGUGCAAUCGAGAGAGCGCGCAGAGAUCGCUUCGGGGCAACCGGUUUCGAGUUGUCCGCCAAACGACUUCCCGGUGUCCAAGAAAGCGCAGCCAGAAUCGCGCUGCUCGGGUUCGCCAAACAACAUGGUGCGCGUCCGAAGAGGCCUCUGGAUUUUCCUACUUUCCAUCUCCGUGCUCCACUCGGCGCCCGUCCACGGAUCAUCGAGAGUUCGUCGGGAGGCGUGCCGCGCAAGGCACCUAAGCCGGGACGAACUGGUGGACGGGCUCUGCAUGCCCGUCCACGAGUGCCUGCAAUCUCUCAAAGACGUGGGCAAGCUUAAGUUCCCUCUCUUCUGCGGUGUUCGGAUCCUGCUGCCCAUCGUAUGCUGCCCUCAGCCGCAGCGGUCUGCACCGACGACCACCACCACUACCACAACUACCACAACGACAACCACAUCAACAACAAUCGCUCCACCGGUGAUGGGUCCGUGCCAGACGCAGACAGGGCAGCCGGGCACUUGCAUGCCGAUCUUUGACUGCAAGCCACUCGAGGAGCAAGUGAGCCAGGGCAAGUACCCGCCGCUCUGCAACAUCCAGAAUCAAAUACCCUACGCCUGCUGCCCUCGGAACGAGACUCCCCAGGCGGAGCCAAUCAAGGUUGACGCCGUGGCCCGCGCAGUCAAGGUCUCCGAUCUCGUCUACGAGAACGGCAUAUUUUGCGGGAAGGGGAGAACACGAACUGGUCACCACGUCUUCAUUCCUAUGGUUCACGGGGGCAAAAACGCUGCCCAUGGAUUGUAUCUAUUUGCUGUGGCUAUUUAUCGAGAUAGGGUGAGCAUCCGGAACUUCUGGUGCGGGGGGACCCUCAUCACCAAAACCAUCAUCCUGUCCGCAGCGCACUGCUUCUUCGGAACACUCAACGACACCACGUACCUGGCCCGCAUCGGCGGUCUGAACAUCUCCGAGGGAAGCAACGACUCGUUCGUGCAGCGCAAUGUGGUGUUCGUGCACGUGCACCCGGACUACAACGAGCGGCAUCACUACGCCGACGUGGCCCUGCUGCUGCUUGACCGGUCGGGUCGCCAGUCCGACCUGAAGCGUCCCCUCGCCUGCCUGCCGGAUGCCGACGACGCUGCGCCGGACACAGGCCAAGCCGUUGUGUUGGGCUGGGGACACGACGUCUUCGGUGGUCGUCUCCAGACCCAUCUCCAGGAGGCCAGGGUACCCCUGGUGGCAAACGAUGUCUGCAACGACGCGUACCGUUCGCUCGCGAGCUAUGAGCGGGAGUUCCCUCGAGGCAUCAGCGGCGACUUCAUUUGCGCGGGAAACGUCACUGACGGGGGUGUUGAUGCUUGUCAGCAAGACUCCGGCGGACCGCUGGUCACCAACUCAACGCGGGAUGGCCGAAACUUCCUGGAAGUCGUCGGAAUAGUUUCAUUUGGCGUGGGCUGUGGAACGGCACAGUACCCUGGCGUUUAUGCCAGGGUUGCCACAUUCAGAGAUUGGAUUUUAAACAAGAUGGCAGAAGUUAUUCCCGACAGUCCAAUAAACUUCAUAUAGAA